AGUCCCAUACUGCCAGGAAACUCCAAGCAUCUGCAUCCACGGACUGUAAGAAGGAAACUGAGAGAGAGAGAGAGAGAGAGGGAGAGAGUGAUGGCAGGAGUAGGAGCUCAAAGAAGAACAGGGAGACCUCCCCCUCCAUCGGCCACGUCCCUACCUGGACCUCCUCCUGCUCCUAAGCUUCCCCCUCGUUUCGAACCCGUCGAUCGCGAGAAGACUUGCCCAUUGUUGCUUCGAGUUUUCACCAAGAUUGGAGGCCAUCAUACUGCUGGUGAUUUUGCAGUGAGAGGCAAAGAGCCGAAAGGUGAGGUCCAAAUUUAUACAUGGAAGGAUGCUACUCUCCGAGAACUAACUGAUCUGGUUAAAGAGGUGGCCCCAGAAUCAAGAAGAAGGGAUGCAGUUCUAUCAUUUGCUUUUGUGUAUCCUGACAGAAAUGGGCGUUUUGUGGUUAGAGAGGUGGGAAGAACCUUUUCCCAUCCAAAUGGGAGACGGCCAGAUAAUGGCAGCAAGGCAUUGGGCGAUCUUAACUUCGAGAUUGGAGACUACUUGGAUGUGGCAAUUCUGGUCGGUCGUGAGAAGGUAGAUUCGUAAGGGUCAUGUACCAUUUGCUACUUCCUUUUUCCUUAGUAAUAUGUCAGUGUCAUUUUAUGCGUGCACAAGUUUGGCUAUGUUCAAAAUUUUAACAAUGCAUUGGACUAUAGCAGUUCAAGUUUGCUUCUUGAUAUGAAUUGAAGGAUACUCAGUUAAGAGGAUCUUCAAUUGUCGAACCUAUGUGUGAUUUGUUGGAGUUGCUUUCAUUUACCUUGCUAAUUUUUUCAAGUUGUGUAAUAAUCUCUGCCAGGAAAAUAUU